CGAGAGUACACGUUGUUGCUGAGUUGUCGGAGAGGGAGGAGGAAGAAGAGUACACAGAGGAGAGGCCACCGUGGAUUAAAUAAAACAUUCAAAGGUGGAGGGGGCUAAAACAAGGGAAUAACAAGUCAUGGCUUCGGGGGACACCCUGUACAUUGAGGCGGACGGCUCCGAAAUGCCGGCCGAAAUAGUGGAACUGCACGAAAUCGAAGUGGAGACCAUCGAAACAACAGUUGUCGGGGAAGACGGCGAGCACCAGCCUAUGAUCGCCUUACAACCGCUUGACACGGACGACCCGCACUCGAUUCUCCCGCACCAAGAGGUGAUUCUGGUGCAGACCCGGGAGGAGGUGGUGGGCGAGGACGACUCGGAACUGCACACGGAUGACGGCUUCCAAGACCAAAUCCUCAUCCCGGUGCCCGCCGUGGAGGAGGACUACAUCGAACAGACUCUGGUUACAGUCGCGGGGAGAAGCUCGACAACGGGCCGGAUGAAGAGGGCUGGAAGUGGCAAGAAAUCGGGCAAAAAGAGCUAUCUAAGCGGCGCCGACAUGGGCAGAAAAUGGGAACAGAAGCAAGUGCAGAUCAAGACGUUGGAAGGAGAGUUCUCCGUGACGAUGUGGGCUUCGGAUGACAAGAAGGACAUUGACCAUGAAGAACAAAUCACGGGUGAAAACUCUCCUCCUGACUAUUCAGAGUACAUGACGGGGAAGAAGCUGCCUCCAGGGGGCAUCCCGGGCAUCGACCUCUCGGACCCCAAACAGCUGGCAGAAUUUGCGAGAAUGAAGCCAAAGAAAGUGAAAGAAGACGACGCACCCAGGACGAUAGCCUGUCCACACAAAGGCUGCACCAAGAUGUUCCGGGACAACUCUGCGAUGAGGAAGCACUUGCACACCCACGGGCCUCGUGUGCACGUCUGCGCCGAGUGCGGCAAAGCCUUCGUGGAGAGCUCCAAACUGAAAAGACAUCAACUCGUACACACAGGAGAGAAACCUUUCCAGUGCACGUUUGAGGGUUGUGGCAAGAGGUUCUCCUUGGACUUUAACUUGCGCACGCAUGUGCGUAUCCACACAGGGGACCGCCCGUACGUGUGCCCCUUUGACGGCUGCAACAAGAAAUUUGCCCAGUCCACCAACCUUAAGUCUCACAUCCUCACACACGCCAAAGCAAAGAACAAUCAGUGAAGGGACCCACGGUGACACAAGCGUACACUGGACUGGAGGACUCCUUGACAGACAAUUAAUGUUCCGUGCGGCCUGCUUGCUUGUGAGAUAAGAUUGUUGCCCUUUGUAUAAUCUUUCAACACAGACCUUUAACAGACUUUCUCUGUAUGCGUGUGGCGAUGAGAACACUGACGUUCGAGGCCGUCUGACUCCGGCGCUAUUCGAAUUGAACUCUUUCUACUUGGUUCUCUGCACCUACAAAUUUAUUUAUAUCGGAACACAGUCAGCUGCAAUGUUUUACAUUCAAAGUCAAACAGUUGCAAUGCUCCUCAGCUAGCAGUGACCCUUUUUCAAUUUUCUACUCCUCCCAAGUGUGCAUAUUGUACACUGAUUGACAUUAAUGCUGUGCUGAUUGAGACGAUCCUGUUGCUCUUCCUUCAGUUUUACUUUCCUUUGUGUUCGAAAGAGGGAUUUAUUUUCAUUUUGUACAACGCAAUAUCAGUCAUGUUGUAGAUAACAGCCAUGUGACUAUCCAUAGAGAUUGCUGAUUAAAAUGUUUUUUCCCUUAGAUUGUCUUUCUUAGUUCUAUCAUUUUAUUAGCCUUCUUGGACAAUUUAAUCUAGUCGGAAAAUGAAUCCAAUCACCAACAAAUUCUGUUUAUUAGUUACAGCAAUGAACAAAAAUUACUGCACAGCAGCUCAGUUUCAUUUGAAUUUCCUUCAGCACUGCAAGCAUUUGGCACAAACUAGACGUGACUCAUUUGGAACAAUCACAGAAUCUUAUUUAUGACAUCACAGGACAAGUAGCACUUGAUUUACAGCUCCGGGAUUGGCACUUAAAAAAAUUAAACAUCUUUAAAAAAUAUUUCUGUGCAUUAGCUUUGUCACGACUCUGUGGUCGACUGGUUAGGACAUCUACCUCAGUUCUGAGGACUGGGGUUCAAAUCCCGGCCCCGCCUGUGUGGAGUUUGCAUGUUCUCCCCGUGCCUGGGUGGGUUUUCUCCGGGCACCCCAUUUUUUUUCCAUGUCCCAAAAACAUGCGUGGUUGGUUGAUUGAAGACUCUAAAUUGCCGGUAAGUGUGAAUGUGAGUGCGAAUGGUUGUUUGUUUCUAUCAGCUCACGGCCCUAGUGAGGAGAAGCGGUAAAUAAAAUGGAUGGAUGGAUAGCUUCGUCACCAUAACAGCCUACUUAAAAUCCAGUCUUAACCGGAUCACAUGACAGAUUUUUAGUGUACAAAAAUGUGAAAAGAUUUUAGCAUCCGUUAUAUGGCAAAAAUAUGAGUAUGUCUGCAUAUUUAAGCAUAGUGACCCCUUUAAGUACACCUCACACUGCUCAUAAAAUUGGCACAAAAAUGUGGGUCAGUUACAAGUGUGUAAAGCAGGAACAGAAAAAUCAGUGCAUUCUUUCCAUUUUGAUCAGAGCCUAAAAUUGAAAUGAAAAAUCUGUUGUUUCUGUGCUGGAUUAAAAAACAAAAUAAUCUGACCUUUUUUUUGAUUGACACAUGGAAAUGGAAGGAACAAAUGAUACAUGGAUUAGGUAAACUAAGUGCAGUG